GUUCCAUCCUGUGCAGUUGGGAGGGAUGGGGGGGGUCAACAAAUCCAAUAUUUUAACUCUUUGCUAUCCUGGUGAGAGAGUCGUUGACUACACUGAUCUUUACUGGGAAACAAGGUGCUAACAGGCGGUUUAAAUUCUCUAGAGCGGUGAGAAGUGGUGGAAUUGUCGCUUUGUGAAGAGUGCAUUGGUAAAGACACCCCCGUUUCUCAAUGUUCUCUGUUGCUAUGGCGACCCAAAGCGUCCCUCCGUUGUUUGCUACAGUGGCCAAGUUGGCAACAACUUGUUUGGUUGUUGGGGAGGGCACGCUUUCUAGGUGUCUCCUUGAAUGAGUGGUGGCUGACCACCAAACCAGGGACAGGAAAGCAAAGAACUCAAACACAGCCAAAGUCCCAAAGCUUAUUGAAGAUAAAUAUAGAUUUCUACAGGUUGAUCUGUUUAAAAUUGUGUGACUAGAGCCAAGGCAGCAUGUACAAGUUGGACCUGCCUGUUGACCCCAAAGAGACUGCAGCCAUCGAGCGGAGGAAGAACGCAGAGGCCCAGCGCCAGAGCCGCAUUUUCAAUGCCAGGCACAGAACCAUCGGGGUGGAUAUCCCGUUCCUGGGUCAGCAAGUCCUGGAUAAGAAGACAAGAGAAGACAGGGAACGUCUGCGGGACAACGCUUACGAUGCAGACAGUCUCCGUUAUGACAAGACUGCGCAGCUCCUUGAGGCACAGGAACAGGAGAGGGUCCGCCAGCUGAACAAGGAGGUGGAAGAAUUCCGCUCCCGGUACCAGAGGCCAGAGGACCAGCGGGAGUUCGACCUGUGGGACCCGCAGCAGCUGAAGAAGGACAAGCCGGCCCGGGUCAGUGAUGAUGACCCCCGCUGCGGACCCUCCAGCUUGCAGAAGUUCGAGGGCGAGGACCUAAACGAGAGGGCUCGCAGGAAGCUGCAGCAGCAGGAGACACGCAAGUGGCUGACAGCACAGAAACAGGAAAGGCAGAGGCUGGAACGUGACCAGACGUUCGCCGAUGACCUGUAUCACAAGAAGGAGAUGGAACUUGACCAGAGAGCCAUGGAGCUUGCCCAGAUGGAGGAAGAGGCACGCAGAGCCCUUGAUGCUGCCACCCUCAACUACAACAUGGCUCUGGCAGCUGAGCAGGCAGCAGUGAGAGAGGUGGAGGCUCAGCGAGAGAUGGAUGAGAAGUUUGCGGAGAUCGGGAACCACGUGUAUGGGGACAUCCUGACAGAGAACCCCGAGGUGGCAGUCAGCGCCUUUGGCCCCCACCGCGUGGUGACAGACCGUUGGAAAGGGAUGAGCCCACAGCAACUGGAGGAGAUCCGGCGACAACAGAAGCAGCAAAUCGAGGAGAAUAAGAGGCUGAGGAUGAGGGAGGCGCAGAUCGACGCUGAGUGGGACCAGCAGCGGACACUGGCAGCACGGGCAGCCAUGGCAUUGGAGCAGCAGGAAGAGGAGGCGGCGAAGCGACUGAGACAGGAGCUGGACAGACACAACAAUCAGCUGGCCAAGGAGCAGCUUGCACAUCAAGUCUACCUGGAUAAGGAGGUUUACACAAACCCGCCCACUGCUCAGUACUUCCUGCAGUUUAACACAUCGAGCCGUUGAAAAGACAACGCAGCAUCGAACUGCAGGUAGCGGAGAUGCCAUUAUGGGAUACUGGCGCUGACAUGACCAGCUGACCAAUUGUGAACUGCGGAUUGGACACUUUCUCUGUGUUACCCCAGCGACUGCAGGACAAGGCGGGGGGGGGGGUGUAUUAUUGGCAUUACCUGCUGGCUGGGAGAUUGUACUUACCCACCAGCCUCCGAGACCAUCACCGAAACUACAGUUACUUAUUCAGAAUAAAACACAUGUGAGAACAGCC